AUGGCAGAAACGACGACAAGCUAUGGAAAAACUCUCCCAGAUCAAGCCGACAGGAUUGGGACCUACUUCGACACCCAUCUAGAGCUUAUCGGCGACGUACGGGAAAUCUACACUGCACGAGCAGCGUUGGAGCGGGAAUAUGCAACCAAACUCCAGACAUUGGCACGGAAGGCCGCGGACAAGAAGGCAAAGAUGGAGCAGGCUAUCGUCCUUGGAACUGAUCCUUCGAGGUCGUUCGAUGCGAGAACAUUGAAAGCCAACACUCUGAACGCAGCGUAUGACGAGAUCAUCAACUCGAUAGCAAGCACUGCGGAGGACCACAUUAAUAUCGCCGAUUCGGUAACAGGACAGGUUGUGGAAGUCCUUCGAGUGUUGGAACGGAGGAACGAGGAGGCAAAGAAGAAGGCCCGUCCCUAUCGCAUUCCGUUUGAAGUAGCGCACCUUCAAAAGCUGUUGGCAGAUAGGGAUAGGGUCUAUGGCGAUCGUCUAAAGAGCAAGACAAAGUAUGACGAAGACUGCUUAGAAGUCGAAGCAUUCCGACAGAAACAGAAUCGAGCCUCUGACGACAAACACGCCGAUCGCGCCGCGAAGCAAGCAGAACAACAGCGCAACGACAUGCUGAACAGCAAGAACGUGUAUCUGAUCUCCAUCGCCAUUGCAAAUCAGGUCAAGCAUCGCUUCUACAGCGAGGAUCUACCGCGACUGGAAGAUGAAUACCAGAGACUGCAAACGCGACUCAUCCAGCGCUUCGCCAAAAUCCUCGAACAUUGUCAAACACUCCAGAUCCAGCACCUAGAUACCGUCAAAUCUCGAAUCCAGAACGUUCAAGCCAGGUUGAAUGCGGUUGACCCGGUCAAAGACGAGGAACUAUUCAUCAAUCACAACAUCCGCCCAUUCUCAGAGCCAUUGGACUGGAAAUUCGAGCCUUGUGCGGGUCAUUAUGACACGGACGCUAUGAGCGUUGAGCCAGUUCCCAAAGUCUUUAUCCAAAACAAGUUAAGGCGCUGCAAGGAGAAGCUUCAGGAGUUACAGCCGCUCAUUAAUGCGAAGAAGAGUGAGGUCGGCCAACUGGAAAGACAAGUUCAAGGUUACCAGCCCGACCACCAACUGGGCAAGAUAGACGACCUGGUCGAUAGCUACCUCGAAGCCGAACACCAGCUCAUUUAUUACCUGAACUCAGAACACAUUUUGAAAGCUGAGAAGGACACGAUUGUCGCGACCAUUGGAUCCGACGUCGGUUCCCAGAGCCCUCACCAGUUCAAGAGCUCGUCGUUCUCGAUCCCGACGCACUGCGGAUAUUGCAAGUCGUCGAUUUGGGGCCUCAGUAAGCAGGGGAAAACCUGCAAGGCCUGCGGCGUAUCUGUUCACACCAGGUGUGAACUUAAGAUCCCUGCGAACUGUGGGCAAGAGGACACCCCGACAUCCCCGUCAAGCUCGUCUUUAGCAAGAUCCAACACAGCUUCUACCACACGAACGACGACCUCUUCACAUCUGAGCGUUCCUGGAGGUCCAACAGACGCCUCUCGAACUCCUACACCCUCCUCAUUCGUCAAGUCGGAACCACAAUCAGAUGAAUCAUCAGUAUCUGAAUCCUACCCAACCGUUCGCGCCAUUUUCGACUUUCCGGCUUCUUCAGAAUUCGAACUGGCCAUUCGUGAGAAUGAGACCCUGUACAUGCUGGAACCAGACGACGGAUCGGGGUGGGUCAAGGUGUCCAACGCAAGGGGCGAAAGCGGUUUGGUCCCUGCGACCUAUAUCGAGGACACGGGCAGCAGUGCCCUUGAAGCACAAGGCCCAUGCGAGCGAUCUACGAUUACCAGGCUCAAACUCCAGACGAACUUCCGCUCACAGAAGGCGAAGUUCUUGAGCUAUCGAGUGGAGCUACCGGCGGUCGGAAUUAUGCUGAAGGGUGGUGGGAAGGAUUCAACUCUCAAGGACGGAAAGCGACCUACGUUCCUCGUAACUCAGGUCGAAUCUCUGUAA